UUUACAUAAAUAACAGCGACACAGACAGCUGUUAGGCUAAAAAGGCUUUAAAAGGAUAUUAAUCAAACGAUAGAGAAUCUAAUUAUUUUAAAUUACAUUUAGGCUACUACUUUUUAAUGAAUAAUUUCAGAAACCUGUCAGUUUCUCGAAAUAUUUCCUCGGGGGAGCGGUGGUACUGAAAACAUCUACCAACUUUGAGUUUACUGAUGUUUAACGUUGAGUGAAUCGUUAUUUUGAGUCGGAGCUUUUCAGUGAAUCAGUCGAAUCACUUCACAAAACUAUUUUACAUUUUUAUUGUAUUUUGUUAGAUUUUUUAAGAAUCUGACUGAAUCGGUCCGAGCUGGUCAACAUUAGUCAACAAUUUUUGACUAGUUGCAUCAAAAACGAACCGUUCGAGAGAACCGAUUCGCACAAAUGACUCGGACCACCCAACACCUCAGGUGUGCUUGUGCCUCUCACAUUCUCCACCUGCUGCUGCAUCCGGGAGCCCAGGGAUUACAGACCCAGCUACUGUAAUCUUGCCCAGGAGGGAGCAUGAGUCCUCAAGUUCAAGAGUUAUUCCAUGAAGACGCACAGGGAUCCCAGAGUAAUGCUCAGCCUUGGUGGAAGGUGCAGCUCUUCGUCUGGGAACCUGUUCUUUUUGGCACCUGGGAUGGAGUCUUUACUACCUGCAUGAUCAACAUUUUUGGGGUGGUGCUCUUUUUACGGACUGGUUGGCUUGUGGGUAACACAGGUGUGUUGCUGGGCAUGCUUCUGGUAUCCAUGGUGGUACUGGUCGCCUUGGUUACAGUGAUGUCAGGUAUUGGUGUGUGUGAGUGUUGCAGCGUGGGUAACGGUGGGGUCUACUCCAUGAUCUCCACUGUGCUCGGAGGCAGGGUUGGAGGAACUGUGGGACUCCUGUAUGUGUUUGGACAGUGUGUGGCUGGAGCGAUGUACAUCACUGGUUUUGCCGAGUCCAUCGCACAGGUGCUGAACUUACAAAGCACGUGGGCGGUGAGGGGCAUUUCUGUGGCCGUUCUGAUUGGCCUGCUUGGGAUUAACUUGGCUGGGGUGAAAUGGAUUGUACGCCUUCAAUUAGUUCUACUGGGCAUAUUAGCCAUGUCCACUCUGGAUUUUGUCAUCGGGACAUUUAGUCAUCUAGAUCCAGAGCAUGGAUUCGUUGGCUAUUCGGAGGAUCUGCUGCGUAAGAACACCCUGCCAGACUACACAGCUGGCGAGACUUUCUUCACCGUAUUUGGGGUUUUCUUUCCUGCGGCGACAGGUGUGAUGGCGGGGUUCAACAUGAGCUCAGAUCUCCAGAGGCCCGAGCACAACAUCCCCGUGGGAACUCUCGCUGCAGUCUGCACCUCGUGGUUCCUGUAUCUCGUCUUUGUGUUCUUACUGGGAGCCAUUUGCACCAGAGAGGCGCUGCGCUACGAUUUCUUAAUAGCGGAAAAGGUCUCCUUGGUUGGUUUCCUGUUUUUGCUGGGCCUCUACAUCUCCUCCCUGGCCUCCUGCAUGGGCGGCCUGUACGGUGCACCCAGGAUCCUCCAGUGUAUCGCGCAGGAAAGAGUCAUCCCAGCUCUUGGAUUUCUUGGGAAAGGGCGUGGGCCCAAUAAGACGCCUGUGGCUGCCAUCUGUCUGACCAGCUUGAUCUCCAUGGCCUUCAUCUUCAUCGGCCAGGUCAAUGUACUGGCUCCCAUCGUCACUAUCAACUUCAUGCUAACCUACAGCGUAAUUGAUUAUUGCUAUUUCUGUGUGGUGAAAACCCAUGAGCUGCAAGUCCAGCAAAGAACGACACUGAUCAGGAGGUCAAGCUCCAGAAAAUCACUCGUGUCCAGCACUCACCCCCGUUACGGCAGCAGCGGAGCCAUCAGUGAACCUUUGAACGGCACACUUCUAGAGUUCACCAAAGACAUGGACCAAAUACUUUCAUUGCCCAGCACGGACACAGUCGAUGAACAGAGAGUAUCUUUUCCUGCCUCUAAGACCUGGGGCAGGAAGUCAAAGAUUCCAGCUAAAGAAACGCUGAUGAACAGUUUUGGGUUGGACUUGAACAGCAAUGGACCAUUAGAUAAAGGAAAAGAUGAGAGGGAGCCAGAACAAACUGCUGGAUUAGAUGAUGAUACCAGUGGCCAGAUAGGACUUAUGGAGUGUGACCUUACAACAGAAGCCAAGAGGAAGCAGUCUUUACCUAAUACUGGACCAGUUGAACUUGAACAGCUCCCAAGAGAGCAGAUAGACAGAAAUGGUUCAGAAACAAAUCUUGAAGGAUCAGAAAUAAGAUCAAUCCAGGGUUCGGUCUAUGCCCGAUUUUGCAACCACUGGGUUUCGUUAGUUGGUGCAUUGUGCUCAUUUAUGAUAAUGUUCGUUAUCCAGUGGAUGUACGCCUUGAUUAACAUUACAGCUGCCCUUUUACUCUUUCUCUAUAUUGGAACAACAAGCCCAGGUCUGCCAACAGGUGCAGCAGCUCACUUCAGUUUCUUCAGGUGGCUUAAGACAUCACUGCAUAAUUUGGGGAGGCGAGAUGGGGCCCUUCAGGAUCAGAUUGUGGUGACACCCUCUUUGUCAGCUGUUGGCAUGGAAACCAAGCAGUUGACAGAAGAAAAUGCAGACUUUGCUUUCCGUGAUCGUUACCAUCACUCCUCCUUUAUCACGACCACAGACAAGAUAGUCCAUCCUCAGUCCAACUGACCAUACUGUGCCCUGCUAACCAGCUGGACUGAAACAGUGGACACAUGGGACUAAAUGAUCUUGACUGAUCACUGAACUGAGCACCACUUGAAUAUUUUUAUUUACAGCAUUUGUCAGGUAGUACUCGGAGGACUGAGCUUUAUUCCUGGAAAGUCUGAAGUAAAUGAAUAAUGUUUGUCUGAAAAUUGGGAAUGUGCAAUCAUGCAUGAUGAAUUAAUUUGUCAAAGGUUCAAUGUACACCAUGGGUGUUUAAUUUUCAGAUUCUAAGUCUUUUAUUUUGCUUGACCUCACUGAGUUCAUAACACCUAGAAGUUGCCAUGCGCAUGCCACUGGCCAAGUUUGCAUGUUGCUUGUAUAUUCAGUCAAGUUGCAGCUUCUGCAAUCAGUUGUUCCAAACUUGUUAGAACUUACUUUUUCUUAGUGAACGAAAAAUGAUUUGGCAUGAGAAUCAAUAGCUGCUUUUUCCCAUACAGUUGAACUACACAGUAAACUGUCAAUCCAGGACUAAUUGUAUGUAAAGUCAUGAUUUGAACCCAGCAAGCCUUGCUAAACGAGAACUCUAACACAACAGUGAAGUGCAGUUCACACACUAACAGUGAAUAAACUGCUGUGAUUACAUUUCUAUUUAAGGUGACAAGCAA